CGAACCCUAAACGGCGGGAAAAGGGUAGCAUUCUUGGCGGGAAACGAUAUAAUUUCAUCCCCACACACAGUAUUUAACAUUUCGUUGCCAAUUGCUACUUAUCCGUUUCUUUCUCUCACGAUCUCUGUUGCUUUAUCUCUUCUGGAUUAACUGAUGUUCUCCAGCAGCCAGCUUGAUGCUACUGCCGCCUUCUCCGGAGGCGGAUUCAUGACCGCGGAGUCUACCCAGCAUAACGAUUCAUCUCCGUUACCGGCCAAAAGCCGUGAGACUCAGGGUUUAGUUCCGGUAACAGUGAAGCAGAUAAGCGAAGCCUCUCAGUCCGGCGACGAAAAGUCGAAUUUCCUAAUCAACGGCGUGGAUGUUACCAAUGUCACCUUGCUUGGCAUGGUGUUUGAGAAAGUUGACAGAAACACUGACGUUAAUUUUGUUCUAGAUGAUGGAACAGGACGGAUCAAAUGUCGAAGAUGGGUGAAUGAACCUUUUGAUACAAAGGAAAUGGAAGAAAUACGGGAUGGUAUAUAUGUUCGUGUGUAUGGGCAUUUAAAAAGCUUUCAAGGUGUAAAACAGGUUGUUGCUUUCUCAAUCAGGCCAGUGAUGAAUUAUGAUGAGAUUUCUUUUCACUUUAUUGACUGCAUACAUAAUCAUCUACACUCUAAAGUAAAGGUUGAAGGAGUUACUCCUGCACGUCCUCCGUCCAUAAACUCAUCUCAUGCAACAACAAAUGGAAAUCAAGCACCAUCAUCUAAUCCAUUAUAUGCACAAUAUAGCGUGGAUGGGCUCAAGGAUUGUGAUAAAUUGGUCCUUGAUUAUCUGAAUCAGCAUUCCGACAUGUCUGAUGAAAGGGGAAUACAUGUUGAUGAGCUGUCUCGAGCGCUUAAACUUCCACUGGACAAGAUCAUGUUGUCACUCAAGACUCUUGGUGACGAUGGACUAGUAUACUCCACCAUCGAUGACAAUCAUUACAAGCAAGCUUGAUGUAUUUAAUCGCUUGGAUACUAUAAUUAUUUAUUGUCUUUUUUCAUUGGGUUGAAGAGGAUGUAGAUAAGUUUAUGGAUGGAUUACCUUGACAGAGGAUUAAACUAAACGAGUCAUGUACUGUGUACUUAAGCCUUGUCAGAAGGUUUUAGCAUAUUUGGCCUGACUACUUUUGAUAACAUGAUGCUAUAGGAAUUGAUUUCUUCAAGUAUGAUGGUUUGAUGCAAAAGAUUUAUAUUUGCUUUACUAAUAUAAUGAUUGGCUUGGCGU